UUGCAUGUUAUUUCUCCAUUGGCAAGAGAUGUUCGAGAAACUCCACAGCGUCUAACGAUCGUUACAUUUAAUGUUGCAUUCGAAACAUACUUAAACCCGGAGGAAAGCAAAGUGGACAACUUUUGUACUGAUCAAGCCUGAUGUCAAGAUGAUUCUGUGAUACUAAAAAUAAACAAAGAUGGAGGCCAACGACAUCCUUCCAAAUCUCACAACCCCCAAGGGCCUUGAGUUUAGGGAAUCGGCGAUAAAGGAGGGGGAAUUAGGAAUUUGGUGUUCCAGCCGCAUUCCAAAGGGAGACAAGUUUGGACCGUUUGAAGGAACGAAGGUCUAUAACUCAAAGCAGACGUUAAAUCCACAGUAUGCUUGGGAGGUCUUGGACCAAGAGACUGGCAAGCUGCUCUACUACAUUGAUGCAUCUGACGAGACAAAGGCCAACUGGAUGAGAUUUGUACGAUGUGCGAGAUACUUUGAGGAGCAGAAUAUUGUGUCAAAACAAGAGGGCUGUGAUGUGUAUUAUGCUGCUAUUAAUGAUAUUGAGCCAGGUGAAGAACUCCUGACCUGGUAUGACAUGACAGAAUACAAUGAGAGCUUGAAGAAGAGGGGCAACAAGAAAAAUCUGAAAAAGAAAAUGGAAGCAGUUGAGGAGGUGCCAUCAAGUCCAAGUAAGGCAGCGAAGGGUAAAGGAAAGACCAAAAUGGUGGAAGAAACCUCUGAGGAUGGCGUAGAAAAAGAUGCUAAAAAGACGAAAAAGAAGACGAAACAAAAGGAAUAUGCUGAAUCAGAAGAAAACAAUGAAUCGGAGAAAUCAGAUUCAUGUGAGGGACACAAAUCUGAUUCUAAUAAUGAACAAGUGGAUAAUCUGAAUGAACUGACUGAAAGUUCAUUGGAUAAGGCGUCAAAGAAGAAUGGUAAAGUUAGCGGUGAGGCAGGUUUAAAUUCUGCUGAAAAUGAGUCUAAGAGUUCUGAAAAGGUUGUGAUAGGAAAGAAAAGGGUCCCCAAGAAAAAGUUGAAGCUGACCAAUGAAAAAGUGACGGACAGAAGUGAGGGUGUUGCUGAGGAAUCCGAAAAAAUGGAAUCCAUUGAGCUGCAGAAAUCUGAAAAUGUUGGCGAAGUCAGCAGAGAUUUUGAUGAAAAUGUGUCCGAGUUUGUGAAAUGUCCUGAAAAAGUUGUAAUAAGGAAUAAAAGAGGUCCCAAGAAAAAGUCCAAACUAAGAGAAAGUAAUUCUGUGGACAUUGCUGAUAAAGUUAAUGGGGACAGUUCUGAGAAAACCGAGGUCUGUUCUGAGAGAGCUGAAGUCAGUUCGUUGAGAAGUGAGGCGGUGGCGACAGACGAAAAUGGGGACAAAUGUGUUAAUGGCGAAGAGAGCAGAAUGUUGGAAACUGGGGACAAACAUAGCGAUGCCUGUGAAAAUUGGAAAGACUCGGACAAUGUUAAUGAUAAGGAACCUGCAGAUUGUUCUGAUGUAUCUGAGAGUGUAGCUAAGGACACUAGUGACCAAGAGGAUGUGACUUUGUCUUCGUCUCCAGCUGCUCAUGAAGACAAUAAUGUAGCCGAUAAUGUAGCAAAGAACAUUAGUGACAAAGAGGAUGUGACUUUCUCUUCGUCUCCAGCUGCUCAUGAAGACAAUAAUGUAGCCGAUAAUGUAGCAAAGAACAUUGGUGACAAAGAGGAUGCGACGUUGUCUCCAGAUUCUGAUGAAGACAAGAAUGUCGCUGAGAUUGUAGCUAAGAACAUUGGUGACAAAAAGGAUGUGACAUUGUCUACGUCUUCAGAUGUUGAUGUAGACAAGAAUGGGAAGGAUGUGACUUUGGAGGAAAAGCACAGGGAGGGGAUUCCUAUGGAUGUGACUUGUAAUGCUACAGAAAUGAACGGGGAUAAAAUCGAGAAUGAAAUGGCUGGUGAUGGGUCAACAGAGCUUGUCAUGGACCUGUCUAUAUGUCCUGAUGAUGUCCUCAAAAGUGAUGUGAUGGAUUGUGAUAGUGGUGUGGAUGCUGACGAAAGUGGAAAAAAUGCUGACUCGUGUUCUGUUGUUGAUAGUACUGAGAAGAUUGAGGAGAAUUCAGCCAAUUAUGCGAAGGAAGCAGAAAUUGUUGAGAAUAUUCCAACGGUUCCGUCGCAAAUGGAUAGAACCCCUGACAAAGAUACAGAACCUAAUGACUUGGUGACUGAUUUGAAGAAAACAUCAGAAAAUGGCAGCAAUGAUAUUGACCACAGGCUGGUGAACAAUGAUAGGUGCCUCUUAGAAGUUCAGGACGUACAGUCCGAUUGUCCACUUAACUUGUCAAUGAAAUCUGAAUCUUCUGUAGAGGGAGGUGAGAAGAAACGCAAACCGUACGCUCUAGGACAGUUAGAAUCUAUGACUAAUGCAUUGAAAGUAUCCACAGGAGAGGAAAAAUGCGAUUCGAGUAUUCUACGUGCAGCGUUUGCUGGUCGGAAAAUAACGGCAGAUGUUCCGCACAAACCUGUCCAGUCACCCCAGGGGUCAAUAUCUCCAAGCCCAUUGUCACCAACUAAGCUCGGCUUGACAGGGACAAAACCUGGAAUCGUGUUCCAUAAUUUAACUCCAGAGUUGGUGGAGCAGAACCUUUUCAAAAAUAGUCGUUGUAGCUAUGGGCGGUAUACGCCAGUCGGACGUGGUGUUACUCAGUUUGUGUCUUCUUCGCCAAAGGUGUUGCCAAAGCCUGAGCCUGUUGUGAAAAAAUUUGUAGGAACUGCCAUAUCGAGUUCUACUAAAGACACUGCCAAGCCUGAAUCACUGCAGAAGCCUGAUGGACAAUAUUACCAGUUUGAGAUACAAUCGCAUCAUCAUUGCAUCGAAAAUGGCCGCCAGAUUUACAGAUGCGACGUAUGCUCUGGUUCUUAUCGCCAUGCCUUUAGUCUGAAGCGACAUUUUAUACGCAACCAUGUCAAUCAUAAGUAUGUCUCCGAUGCCGAUCUCAUCAACUGCUGCGUGAAUAUUAAGAAACCGACUGAACAAACGCUGACUGAAAGUAAGAAAAUCUGCGACAUGAUCCGAUCUGCUGGGUAUGAAAAUGAACCCUCUCAACAAAGUUCUGACACCAAAACAGAAAAUAGCCAGCAAUUGAAACUCGAAUCUGACAAGGAUGCCAUGAACCUUGAAAGUGAAAUUGUAAACAAACUUCCAAAUCUAUCAAACGCCUCUGUAAAUGAACAAAAGUCUGCCCCGGGUGACAAAUCUCCACCUGGUGAGAAAAAGGAGAGUGUUAUAAUCUUAAGUCGCGCUUCUGAGGAUACAGACUGUGCAGUAAAGUCGAACGACAAUUUAGUGAUCUUGCAGUCGACGCCGAAGAAAUGGCCGGGAUUGUUCCGAUGCAACGCCUGUGGUGCUACGUUUGAUGAGCUCCCCCUAUUAACAACUCACUACCUCAAUCACCCGUCGAAGAAGGAAGGACGGAUGUUUACGUGCGACAAGUGUUUCAUGAAGUUCUCACACAAGCACAACCUAAUUCGCCAUCGAAGUUCUCACCAAAUUACUUCAAGUGCCAGCAAGCACAGCACAGUAUCGAUAAGGGGCGUUCCCGAAGGAGGCCAACAAGGAGACCCGAUUUUCCAAUGCAAACUUUGCCCAGCAUUCUUCCUGCAUCGGGGAUACCUAAUGAAACACAUCCGAGUCAUGCACGGACGCCAACGAAACGCAUGCGCAUUCUGCUCAAAGCAUUUCGAAAGUGAGACGAAAUUAGAGACGCAUUUACGAAUAACACACGACCAGUCGUUAGAAUCAAAUAAAGCGACAAUGUUGAAGAACUGUCCGAAAACUCCAACAGAUCUGGAUAAAAAUCAGUCGAUGAAGUUAUCCAAUCGUGCGCAAGGUUACAAAUAUGCUUGUACUGUGUGUAAGAAACGCUUUAAGGAGUAUAGGAUUAUGUGUCGCCAUCGCCGAUUGGCUCAUCAGAGCGGCCGUACACCACUGGUGCCUGAAAAGGCGCCGCGUGUUGAGUUGGUUAUACCGACACCCAAACGAUCUCUUUUUUUGGAUGAUUCUCCAUUUUUCUAUGCAAAUGUUGCGAAGAAUAUAUCAGAUAAUUUGAACAUGCACGUUGAUGGGAAAAUUGAAAGUUUGGGAAAUCCCUCAGUGCACUUCAGAGUCAAAGAUGGUGCUAUUGGUUUGAAUAGUUGUGAUACGAAGCUCCCUGAGAGUGAAUUCUGGGUAAAGUACAAUGUAAAUCCAGAAUUUCCGCCAAAGUUGAAGUUAACCUCUGUGAAGCCUGCUGCAAAUGACCAGAGUCGGCCACAUAAUGUUAGACCUGAACAUGCAUUUGCAGCACCGCCAUAUUCUGGUGUGCAGUGGCCGUGCACCGCUGAAUGCAAUCAACGCCGCCGUAAAAAUGGCUUCAAGAACUUCUAUGCAGAUGACAAUGAAGACAAGAAGUACAUAUGCAUGGUCUGUAAGAGGGAGUUUGAAUUCUUCAUGGAUUUUGACGACCAUCGUUGGGAAGUUCACCCAAAUGUCAACUGCACUCAUAUAGAAGUCAACAAGGACUCGUAUCCGCCCAUAUUUGUUCCGCCAACAUUUCAUGGUAUGCUGAAUGACACGCCAAGCGACGUGGAAAAGGUGUACCCAUCUAGUUUCAAGUGUACGAAGUGCAAUUCAAACUUUGACCUCAUUGAUAAGUUGCACGAGCAUAUCGUUUCUUGUGCUGUGAAGGGGAAAGGGGAUCAAGCAAGCUCAAGUUCAAAUUCUAACUCGAACGGAUACGGAAGUCAACUUUUGGGCGACUUCAAGAAAAAUCAAUAUGCGCAGAUGAAAAAGGGUUUCAAGGUCAAGCAUCGCCUGCAACAUCGGGCGCAGUUGAAGAGUCUGGCGGCACAGAAAGCAAAGGAGGAGAAACUGCAGAAUAAGAUUAAGAAACAGCGGAAAAGUCGCUAUGAGCGGGAACAGGGAAUCGGGUACAAUGAUCGUGGAUUUGAAUUCAAUGUGGAAGCAGAAUUGAACGAAGACGGUACCCAAAAGCGACGGAAUUUUUUCCAAUUGCCAUACAAUCCGAAGAAGCAUAAAAGGAGGCGUGAUAUGACACAAGUUGUUGAUAUGCAUAUGUGUGGCGGGUGUCGGAAGCGGUUCAAGACUUUGGGUUUGUUGGAACGCCAUGGAAGGAUUUGUUCGGAGAAGGAGAAACUGAACAAAGCUGAAGCAAUUGCUGUUCCAAAGCGUGAAAUAAGUGGCGCUCUAAAGUGCAAAUAUUGCGCGAAAGUUUUCACGUAUAAAGCGAGUUUGAGGAGGCAUCUGAUGGAUAUUUGUCGCAUUAAGAAAGAUUUGAUCGCAAGAAAUAUAUUAUCUCCGACAGAGUUGGAGACUGAGAAGAUCAUGAUUGACAAUAUGGCGGAGAAGACAUACGAUGGGCAAGAAAGCGUCCAUAGUUCUGAGGUGGGUUCAGAAAUGACCAAUGAGCCUGAAGAGGAUUUGAUGUUGCCAAGGCGUAUCGGGUAUUGGCGUGGGAAAAAACGGAAGGGCAGAAAGAAGAACAAUCGCUGGGCAAAAAGUAAGAUACCAAAGAAGACUUUAUCUACAGAUAGCAAGGAGGGCGCCGAGGAUGACUCCAAAACGUCUGUGGAAGAAUCAAUGGCGCUUGGAGAGAGUGCAGGCACAUUGUCUCUAGAGCUCUUAAAAUUGAAACCUGAAGUAAAAGCUCUGAAAGGGCUGAGGACAUUCAAACGGAGACAACCACUGGUACGGCAUGGAUAUAGAUAUAUUACUGAACUCGUUCCAGAUGCGUUGUUGACGUCGACUCCUGUUGAGGACGGUGCGGCAGACGACGGGAAGAGGAGAAGAAAACGAACGUUCAAAGCGCAGGAGCAGGCGAAUAUCGAGAUGGUUCUGGAUGACAUGGAGUGUUACAUUGAAGAUGGCGCAGCACCAAAAAAGAAAAAGCGACGCAAAUUGAAGCCUGGCAUGGAAGGUAGCAAUUCUGGGUCAUUUUCAAGCAGUUUAGAGGGGUCGGUGUCUGUUAGUGUCCCCCUGGAUAGAGUGGCACAGGUGCCCGUGUCUGUGCUGCAAAAAGUAAGACAGAGACCUGGGCCCAAAAAGGGCUGGAAACUAGCAAAGUUGCAGGCUCAGAAGAUGAAAUGGGGGGAAAUAGUACCCACUGUUACUGAAGAGGAGAGCAAGCCUAAAAUGCAGGAUCUCGGGAAGGCAGACAUCAAGAGAAAAGAAGUAGCAGAUGACAAUAGCCCGUCUGCUCCUGCUGUGGUGAAGAAAAGACCUGGACCGAAAAAAGGUUGGAAGCUGAAAAUGAAACUGAUGGCCAAAGCUCAGACGAGUAAUCCUGAUGUUUCGGCUGAAAAUCCACCUACAGAUGUUAGCAAGACUGCGUCUGUGUCGGCACAAGAAGAAGAAGAUGUCAUAAUGGAAAACGUUGAACGUGUGCGUGGAAAACCUGGGCCAAAGAAGGGGUGGAAGUUGGCAAAGUUAGGAUUGCCUCCUCAAAAUGCAGAGGUCGCUGUAACAACUGGCCCUGCCAGUGAAACUGAUACAUCUACUAUCCGUAAGCCAGUUGUAAGACGGAAGCCUAAGGGGUUGAAGCCAAGGUUUCAGGCUAAGAAAUAUAUAGCUUCGGUUGUAGGUGAGAUACUUGAUGAGGCUGUGCCUUCAGCAUAUGUACGGAAGAAGUCUUUGGGGAAAAGAGGGCCUUUGCCAAAAGGUGAUAAGAUUGCUAAGGGGGUUAAAGAUUCGCCAGGGGAGCCCAUCCCUGCUGCACCUACUUCUGAAAUUGCAUUGGAUGCAGCGACAAAUGUGCCAAUGAAUUCGGAGUCUGAUUCAAAGGAAGUGGUGCCGGUUGUGGCAAAGAAACCCAGGGGUCCUAAGAAAGGUUGGAAACUAGAAAGAGCAAAAGCUGCUGAGCUUGCGGAGAGCCUGCAGGAAACGGUGCCUGAAUCAGUUCCUGAACCAGCGUCAAUUCCAGUCGAGGAAACAAAUCCAGAAAAACCUGCGAAGCGUAAACCAGGACCUAAAAAGGGUUGGAAGUUGCUGAAGAAAGAGGAGAAGUCCGUUACUCUGACAAGUUCAGGGACUGGUCGGGGUAGAAAAUCUCAUGUUACAUCUAGUUCACCAACUCGUAAGAACAGCUGCAGUCCAAAUAGGAAAGUGUCGCCUGGUCCUACUCGAAAAGAAGUCACUGAUCCCUCUCCUAAAGCAUCUUCAAAUCCAACUGGGAAAGUUGCAGCAAAGGGUAAAGUUGGUGGAGAACCUAAGGUGAAACGAGACGGUAAAGUGGCUGUAAAAAGGGGUCGUAAACCUGCUGUUAAUGCCCCAGAUAGUCCUGAAAAAAGGGUUCUCAUAGAAAGGGGUCCUGGGAAAAGAGUUGUGAAAAUUAAAAAGGCAGUUCUAGCACCCCCUACUCGAGGUAGAAAGCGGGCUAUUAAAGAUGGCGACACGAAGGCUAAAACUUUAGUGAAGCGGAGGAAAAUUGACGGGUUGGAUGGAGAGGGUAUGGAAACUGAUGAAACUCUUACUGUGCCACCUAGUGGCCUGGUGCUAAAUGACAUGGAUCACAUUGAUGGAGUGGAAACAAGUCUGGUCCAGAAGAACAAAUCCUGUGAUUCUAUUGACAUGGUUGAGUUGAAUACAUGUACGUCACGUCCUCUGUCGGUAGAGUGUGCGAGUAGCUCGGGGGUAUCUAGUGGCGCGACUAGUGACAACAGCUUUGAAACAACUGAAACAACUGGUGCGGAUGUAAAUUCUCCUACUUUAACCCCGGUUCAGUCUCAGAGUUAGAGUUGCGUUUGGGCUACCCGUUCUGAAUAAAUUAUUUUAAGAGUUGGAGUUCCCUUGAAAAUAUUGCUCUCAGGAUCAUCGGGCAUUUAAAAAAUGCAGUUUGGUGCAGCUCAUUAUAAUUUUUGAGGUAAGGUUUUGUGACCUUUUCCCAACUGAACGAUUUCUCGAUCUAUUCAAUGACAUUGUAACUGCAUGGAUAUGAUUUGAAAGUAAAUUUGAACGUUCAUUUGUCUAUUAUACAUUUAGUUACAUGUACGUGAGCAGUACUACUGGGUGUUCUCGAAGACAUGCUGUACUUUCAUUACUCUUCUGUUUGUAUGCUUUUAUCAUGGUUAUAUAGUCUAAUAAUUGUAAUUUCUAUCUAAAUUUGAUUGAUACCGAGUUAUAUUUAUCAUGUAUUUUAUGAAAUUCUAGCAUUUUUCUGAUGAAGGUUAUUCGACCAGCAAACAAGAGAUUUUUGUUGUGCGAUCUGUGAUAAUUAUGUCCGUGACAAGAAAUUAAAAGAUUUGUUGUCGGUGCUAAAAUCUGGUAAUUGCUGGGUUCGACACAAAUUGCAACAUGCAGCGAUGACUUAUAACAGGUUGCUGGAACAAAAAUCUCUUAUUUGUGGGCACUUUGAAGUCUGUGCUCAAAAUGAGUAUGAGCAGUUGGAAAGAUGAAGAGAAUUGUGUUCCAAGACUCCCAAGUUGUAAAUGUGGCUGUUUUGAAUGAAGCAGUCAGACAGUUGGGGAUCCUUGCCUACUUCGUACAACACAAUAACGAAACCAAUGAUGAAAUUCCAAAUAAGGUGCUCAACUCGUUUUGGAACCAAACUUCAUUUGCAAAUGCAGAUUCAUUUCCUUUUGUGGCUGAAUAUGUUUGAGAUAUAAUUUUGUAUUUGCUUGGUGACAGUGAAAAAAUGAUUAUUAAUAAGAUGUUAAUACUGCCAGAAAUUGAUUUGUAUUCUGUAAGGCUUACAUGUAGAUAAAUUGACUUAUGCAUGAUCAUUUUAUAACAUUUAGUUUAGAAAUGUUAUUAGUUUGCUGGUAUUCUGUAUUGGAUCCCUUCAAAAAUAUCUGUUUUAGUUCGUGAGUGCUAGUUUAUAAUAGAUUAUCUGUGGUAUUUGUUUUCUUUGAAUACAACAUUGCAUCACAAAUGUGUACUGAAAAUAUUUGAUGCCAUUUUCUAAAAAAUACAGUAGAGCUUCUCUAUGAAGGACACCAUUGGGAAUGACAAAUGCUGUCCUCAAAAGAGAGGUGUUGUGAUUAAAGAGAUCAAAUUAUACCGACAUAAUCAAUUUGGGACGAGAAUCACUGUCUCUGAUAGAGAGGGAGUCCUGUUUACAGAGGCGUCCGCUAAGGAAGGUCCUAGUGUAUCUAGUUUUGCAAUGGAACUCUUAAAAUCAACCAAGAUGACCUGUUCAUCAUUGAAGAUUCACUAACCAAUCCUAAUUAAGCUAAAGUAUUGACAAGGCAAAGGACGUGAUUCUAUGUUUUCCUUGUGUAAUGAACUGCUCAGAGCCAAGUUUACAGUAAUUCGAUGGGUGAUCCAAAACAUUGUUGCAACUUUCUUUGAUGCCAUGAUGCCACUAUUGUACGAUAUGUUGUUUUUGCUUGCAAACUCUGGCACAGUUGUGCUUUUUGUUUCCAUAAUGUGCUCAUUGUAUACUUGUACAGGAUGUCCCAGAGAAAAUAUUCUGAAAUCUGCUGGAUAUUUCCUGCUUGCAAUCCUAAGGCAUUGUGCCUUCUUGCCCAGAAUAGUGAAAACAUCUCAAAGUAUUGGGUGUGCCUUCAGAUUAAUACAGACUAUAUAUGUAUACACAAUGGAAUACCAGUGUUCACCCAGCCAAUCAGCAUACACCCUCUGAGUUAAAGGGUAUAGCCCAUGAAAACCACUAAAGGGGUUGACUAUUGACUGCCACAAACACAGUAUACAAAUCUUAUGAUCAGCAUGAAGAUUUGAACAAAUAACGUGCAAACGUAUUCUAUGGUCAAGUGAACAUGAAAAGGAGGUGUCAUGUUUUGAUUAACACCCUCUUGUAUCCCUUAGAAUGAAUGAUACAAUUAAAGGAUAACGGUUGAAAUUGAGCGUACAAUGUACAUGUAUGUCUCAUGUAAAUUGCAUCACAAAUUUUAUACCAUUUCAAAAUAUGUACAGUAGAACCUCUCUAUUAAGGACACCCUCGGGACUGACAAGUGCUGUCCUUAAUAGAGAGGUGUCCUGAUAAGAGAGGUCAAAUUGAAUGGAAACAACGAAUUUGGGACCAAAACUAGUGUCCGUAAUAGAGAGGUUGUCCUUGGUAGAGAGGUGUCCGCUAAGCGAGGUUCCACUGUAUUACAAAAGGCCUUAUGUGGCCUGAUGCCUUCUGAUAAAGUACAUGUAUGCACUUUCAUAACUGCAUGUACCAAUAGGAUUCAUUUGAAAUUUUUAGUUCAGAUAUUACUAUUAUUAGUAGAUAAUGUAUUGUAUUCAUUCUUACAAAGUGUUUUAUUUCACUUUGCACAAAUAUAUUUAAAAAUAUAUAAAA